AUGCCGACGUCCGAGGCCGAGCUGCUGUCCGCCCUCCGCGCCGCCGGCCGGGAGCACCUCUCGGCGUCCACCGUUGCGCGGAGGCAGGAGACGGGCUCCCACCUGUUCCGGAUCGCCAACUACGCGGAGGUCAAGGCGACGGUGGCCAACCGCGAGCACGUGGAGUCGACCACCUUCACCGUCGGCGGCCACGAGUGGCGGAUCGACUGCUACCCCAACAGCUGCGUGAAGCCGCACAACGGCUGCAUCUCCCUCUUCCUCCGGCGCACCAGCGGCGCCGCCCCCUAUCUCCGGCGCACCAUCGCCAGCGGCGCAAAGUCCGACGACGUCGCCAUGGCGUCCAUCAAGUUUAGCUUUCUGGACCGGGACGGGAACCCGGCGCGCACCCAGAGCGCGCCGCAGCGCAAGUUCGCGAGCGGCGACGACUGGGGCUGGAUGGACUUCAUGAGGAGCGAGGAUCUUGACAAGGACAAGGAGAGGUACCUCAAGGACGACUGCCUGAUUGUCCUGUGCGACGUCACCGUCGACCUCGGGCUGCGCACCGACAGCUGCGCCGACGUCCCGGCGGGCGAGUGGCCGCCGCCGCCGUUCGAGCUGGACGGGGAGCUCACCACGGCCAUCUGGAGGAAGCAGAGGGCGGACGUGAUGAUCGAGGUCGGCGGGGAGACGCUGGCGGCGCACCGGUGGAUGCUGGAGGCCCGGUCAGCCGUGUUCAAGGAGGACCUCUCGCUCGCCUUCGCGGCCGCCGGCAACGGCAAGAAGACCGCCGAGCUACGCAUCAACGUCGACGACAUGGACGCCGAGGUGGCCAGGGCCCUGAUCCGGUUCAUCUACACGGACGCGCUGACGGCGGACAUGAGGCAGCAGCUGGACGCGGAGGCCGGCACGGCGGAGCGUCUGCUUGUGGCGGCGCACAGGUACAAGGUGGAGAAGCUGAAGAGGAUGUGCGAGGAGGCGCUGUGCCGGCACAUCGGGAUGAGCUCGGUGGCGGCCACCCUGGCGCUGGCGCAGCGGCACCGCUGCCCGGUGCUGAAGAAGGCGUGCAUGGAGUUUAUUUCCUCUCCUGCUAACCUGGUAGCCGUGGUCGCGACCGAGGGUUUUGAGCAGUUGAAGACGGGUUGCCCCCCUGAUCUGGUCGAGCUCAUGGCCAAGCACUUGGCCAAGGUUGGAGCUGUAGACCAGUCCACGUUCGUACCAUUUACGUCCUUCUAGCCAUUUA